CCGUCUGUCAAAUCCGACGCGUCGCAGCGCGCCGUCCCGCAUCAAAUCUCGAAACCCAUAUUAUCUUCCAGUAUCGCACUUCGCUUAUCAUUGGCGACUCCUCACUAUCCUAUUUCAACGUGGAGAAACGCUCCAUUGAUGAGACACUGCCAUCAUGGACGAGGAAAGCCGAACCGAGUACGAUGUUAAGGCCAAGAAUGUGCGGCUGGAUUUGAAGACGUGGGAGACCCAAUGGUUGGAGAAGCACGGGAAGAAGCCAGGUCGUGAGGACAUCAAGAGCAACCCCGAGAUCGCCGACAAAUACCGCCAAUAUCAACGAUACCGCAACAUACUCGAUGGCAAGAUAUCACCGCCAGCCAAAGAUCAAGGCCGAAAACGAAAGUCAACAAGCAACAGCGUACCAGUGGGCACUCCAUCCAAGCGAACGCGACACACUGAAACUCCGUCAAAAUCGCGUGUUUUGGAUGUGCAACUGGAGCAGACACCGACCAUAUCAAGAAAGCUGUUCAGUCCAACGGCUGUUACAUCAUUAGGCCCUACACCGCAACGAGAUGGCAAGGUGCUUGGGCUUUUCGACUUGCUCGGCGAUGAUGCACAAACGCCUUCCAAGGACAAGGUGCACAGCACAACCAGCAAAAGCAAGAUAUACGCCACGCCUAGCAAGACGACCUCGAGUUUGGAUCUCGCUGUCACACCACGGAUGGGAAGGACACCGAUGUCAGACAGCAAACGAAAGUAUCUCAAUACGUUCGUUUCACCAGUGAAACCGGGCGGCGACCUUCAGAAUACCGCAGCGACUCCCUCGAAACUCCAUUUCGACACGCCUCAAUUCCUUCGACGACACACCCUUUCUACCGUGGACGAGAAUGGUGAGAUCGACAGAGUAGCGCCAUUGAGGCUGCCGCGAAAACAGUUUGGCAGAGGCCUCAGUGAGAUAGUGGCAAGUCUACGAAAAGUGGAAGAGGACAAGGCCGACGAGGACUUGGAGGCGUUGCGGGAUAUGGAGGCAGAGGACUCGGGCCAGCCAAGACCAGUCGCGAAACCUAAGCCAGCACCGGAUGACAUACUUGUUGGGGACAGCCAAGCGCACAAUCUCCCACUUGGCGGUUUUGAUGACGUGGAUGUCUCCGAAAGCGAUGGACACGAGGGCAAAGAUCGGCAAGGGCAGCCCAUGAGGUUAUUCAAGAAGAAGGGGCAGAAGAGAACGACCAGAAAGGUCAACAUCAAGCCGACAUGGAACAAGCGACCCACGGCACCAGUCACGACCGUGGGUAUCGACGAGGACGAUGAGGAAGUCGUUCCAAAGACCCAACUCAACGAAGGCGACGAGGACUUUGGGGACAUUAAGGCGAAGAAGAAGAAGGUGGAGAAGAAAGAGGGCACCGUGAAGAAAGCCGCUAGAAAGGUCAAUGAGCUGGCACAUGCCAACUUUCAGAGACUGAAGUUGAAGAACAGCGGCGCCAAGGGUGGACCAGGGCAGAAUAGCCGGUUUCGGAGGAGAAGAUAG